AUGCCCAGUGCGAGCGCCCGGGGCUCGCUCGGGCUUGUGCGAGACGCCCGCCCGGAGCUGCACUUGCCGCGGCUGCUUCUGCAGCAGCGCGGGGUUCCCCAGGACCACUGUCCGCCUGAACCGCAAGCGGACCCCGGAGGACAGGACCGAGCCCAGAGCGCCCCGCAAUGGCCCCUGGAGAGCAGAGCUUCCCUCCCCUCGGGGCUCCUACUAGGUUCCCCACGACAGGCUCGGGCUCGCGGCUCGGGGGUCUGCCUCGCCCCGCCCCUUUCGGGCCGCUGUGAAAACCCGGCCGGGUGGAUCGCCGCGGGCCGGCGUCCGCGCUCCCCGAAAGCGGGCCGUGCCGCCGCGCCGGGACCCGAGUGUGAAAUACGGAACGGUAGGAAGCGGCAGCCUGCGAGUGGGCGGGGCCGAGGAGACCUAGGAGGGUUCAAAAGGAGGUGGAGGGAUACGCGGGCCGCAGUCGGAACUACUUUCAGGAGGAGGUCACGUGUGUUCCUAGUUGGGGAACUUUCCAAAUUCCCACUCCCCUAUGAUGGCUCGGGAGGCAAGUGUUUCGCCUCCUUCGCCCUGGGUGCUCCUGACCGGUACCGGCAGCGGGGACCCCGCGUCUGGGUCGUGGCGAAAGAGCAGACUCAGACGAGCCUCCGGCCUGAGCACUGUCGGUGCCGGCGCCUGGGGAGCUGGUUACACAAGCACCCACAUUCAAGCACGUGCCCCCGCACCUCUCACCGCUGGCCGCGGCCGCCGAUGCUCGCAGACCACCGAGGGAGAGCUCCCGAGCUGCCCCCACCCCUCGCGUGCUACCUACGGAGCAAGCUAUAG